AUGUCCGACCCCCACCAACAACCUCGCGACUACGCGAGAUACCCUUACGGCGUCCCCAUUCCCGCCUCCUCCUCGAGCCACGGAAACGCCUCAGUUCCGGUCGAGAACAUGAACGGAGACCUGGACCGGCAACUCGCCCAGUCCGAGGCUGCGCGUAACGAGCGCCACGCCAAGACAGCAAGCUGGGGGAGCUACAACCAAUUCGUCGGCGUCGAGGCUGGUCCGAGCACGCCGGGGACGCAGUACAUGGGCAACCCGUACGAUGCCCCUCUGACUCCGCAACGGAGCUACGACCACACGCCCGCCGGCUCGCCUUCACCUUCCCCAUCCCCAGCGCCUGGGACAGCGUACCACUACCGCCCCACCCGGCAAGCGAGCCGGGAAGCCGACAUUGCAGACGGCAUCCGGCGCGAGCCCUCACCAGAAGGCGAGCGCAUGUCCUGGCACGCCAAGGGCGGGAACAAGCUCCGCCGCGUGAAAGAGCGCAUCCAGUAUGACGAGGAGGGCAAGCCGCGCCGCGAGAAGAAGGACAAGUACGGCGUCAAGGAGAUUCCGGAGGGAUGGACGGCAGAGGACGAGGAGGCUGAGCGCGAAUUCCUCGCGAGCUCCAUGUUUAACUGGCAGGAGCUCAUGACUUGGCGCUUCUGGAUCAGAAAGGAGUGGUGGUGGCCAGAAGUUCACAGCUCACCCCAGAUCGUCAAGUGGCUCACCCCCGCGGCCAACUGGAUGAAGAACCUCCCUGCAGGCUGGGUCAUUCCCAUCGCGGUCAUGUUCAUCAUCUCCUUCCCGCCUCUGUUCGGACACGAGAUUGUCGCCAUCCUCUGUGGUGUCGUCUGGGGCCUUUGGGUUGGAUUCGGCAUCGUUGCUGCGGGCACUAUGCUUGGAGAGAUCGGCAACUUUUACGCGUUCAAGUACGUGUGCCAGUCUCGCGCGGAAAAGUACGAGAAGAAGAACAUCAACUAUGCGUGUCUCGCCCACGUCAUCCGACACGGCGGGUUCAUGAUCAUUGUCGCCGCUCGUCUUUCUGCGAUUCCAGGACAUCUGACGACUGCCAUCUUCGCGACGUGUGGGCAGAACAUCUUUAUUUUCUCCUUAGCCGCGUUCGUGACGCUGCCGAAGCAGCUCGUGGUGGUGUACCUCGGUGUGCUCUUCAACGCCGAGGCGAAGAGCAAGACAUCGCAGGCGAUCUCGUACACUGUCCUGGGCAUUGGAGCGGUCAUCACGGUCGGCUCGGCAUGGUACAUCUACCACGAGAUGAACAAGGCGCGCAUCGUGAUCUGGCGCCGGCACCGUAUGGCUCUGGCGCAGAAGGGCGUUGCGCUCAACGAGCUCGUGUACGACGCCAACGACGUCGAGGUGGGCGGCACAGGGCUGCGCGAUAACGCCGGCCGGCCCAUGCUGCCCGCAUACGCGACGCAGGGAUACAACGACAGCCGGGAGGAGAUCAUGUCCGAGGCGACGCCGGGCUCGACCCCCGUCCGCCCCGCUCGCCCAGGGGACCGCGCUAGCUACGCGACUCCCUACGACAUCGCCUACGACCACGACGGCGAGAUGAGCAUCUAUCACGUCGACGGCCUGUCCGAGCGGCUGGAAACCGAGAAGCGCGUCAGCCAGCAAUUACUCGACCGCAGGAGCAGUCGCGGGAGUUCCUCGGCCCACGCCGCGCCGCAGAUUCGCGUUGACCACGCCGGCCCUCCGCCCAGCGCCUUCCCGCCCAGUUUCCCCCAGGCCCAUCCCGCGCCGGGGGGACUGCAGCGCGCCCCCUCCGACGCGAGCACAUACAGCGUGCACCCCGUCGCGCCGGCCAACUUCCCCGCCCCCGUCCCCAGUCAGACGUCACACUCGCACGAGCAGUCGGAGCACACAGCGCAUACGGCAUACUCGGCCCCGUCGGCAUACUCCCAGCCCUCGGCGCCGACACACGUCACGCACCCCUCUGAGGGGUCUAUCGGCGUCGCGCUCGGCGGACCGGGACAUGCCGUGCACGCCGGGCACGCGGUGCACGCCAGUCUGGGAGGACAGGCCGAAGCGCGACCAGAGCGGCAGCACGGCGGAUACGUUUGA